GGAAGAGGCGGGGGGAGAGCGAGCAGGCAGGAACGGCGCCUGCGCGGUGGGCGUGAUCCGGGCACUUAGGGCAGGAUGAACGCUGCUUUCCAAGAUGGCGGCGGAGGGAGGAGGGAAGGAGAUGAACGAGAUUAAGACCCAAUUCACCACCCGGGAAGGUCUGUACAAGCUGCUGCCGCACUCGGAGUACAGCCGGCCCAACCGGGUGCCCUUCAACUCGCAGGGAUCCAACCCUGUCCGCGUCUCCUUCGUAAACCUCAACGACCAGUCUGGCAACGGCGACCGCCUCUGCUUCAAUGUGGGCCGGGAGCUCUACUUCUAUAUCUACAAGGGGGUCCGCAAGGCUGCUGACUUGAGUAAACCAAUAGAUAAAAGGAUAUACAAAGGAACACAGCCUACUUGUCAUGACUUCAACCACCUAACAGCCACAGCAGAAAGUGUCUCUCUCCUAGUGGGCUUUUCCGCAGGCCAAGUCCAGCUUAUAGACCCAAUCAAAAAAGAAACUAGCAAACUUUUCAAUGAGGAAAACUCUUGUCAGCACUUGUGGAAGGUGAAUUGGAAUGAAGAAAGAGGGAUUGAAGGUAGCAAGACCAGUGAGGAGGCUCUGGUAACUGUCCAGAGACUAAUAGACAAGUCGCGAGUAACCUGUGUCAAAUGGGUUCCCGGUUCGGAAAGCCUUUUCCUUGUAGCCCACUCGAGCGGGAACAUGUACUUGUAUAAUGUGGAGCACACUUGUGGCACCACAGCCCCCCACUACCAGCUUCUGAAGCAGGGGGAGAGCUUUGCUGUGCACACUUGCAAGAGCAAAUCCACGAGGAACCCUCUCCUUAAGUGGACGGUGGGCGAGGGGGCCCUCAACGAGUUUGCUUUCUCCCCAGAUGGCAAGUUCUUGGCCUGCGUGAGCCAGGACGGGUUUCUGCGGGUGUUCAACUUUGACUCGGUGGAGCUGCACGGUACGAUGAAAAGCUACUUUGGGGGCUUGCUGUGCGUGUGCUGGAGCCCGGACGGCAAGUACAUCGUGACAGGCGGAGAGGACGACUUGGUGACAGUCUGGUCCUUUGUGGAUUGCCGAGUAAUAGCCCGAGGCCACGGGCACAAGUCCUGGGUCAGUGUGGUGGCGUUUGAUCACUAUACCACGAGUGUAGAAGAAAGCGACCCCAUGGAGUUUAGUGGCAGUGACGAGGACUUCCAGGACCUUCUUCACUUUGGCAGAGAUCGAGCCAACAGUACACAGUCCAGGCUCUCCAAGCGGAACUCUACGGACAGCCGCCCGGUGAGCGUCACGUACCGGUUUGGUUCGGUGGGCCAGGACACGCAGCUCUGCUUAUGGGACCUGACGGAAGACAUCCUUUUCCCUCACCAACCCCUCUCGCGAGCAAGGACACACACCAAUGUCAUGAACGCCACGAGUCCCCCUGCUGGAAGCAACGGAAACAGUGUCACAACGCCCGGGAACUCUGUGCCCCCGCCCCUGCCGCGGUCCAACAGCCUUCCACACUCGGCAGUCUCGAACACUGGCAGCAAAAGCAGUGUCAUGGAUGGGGCCAUUGCUUCUGGGGUCAGCAAAUUUGCAACACUUUCGCUCCACGACCGGAAGGAGCGGCACCACGAGAAAGAUCACAAGCGAAACCAUAGCAUGGGACACAUUUCUAGCAAGAGCAGCGACAAACUGAAUCUAGUUACUAAAACCAAAACGGACCCCGCUAAAACUUUGGGGACGCCCCUGUGUCCUCGAAUGGAAGACGUUCCCUUGUUAGAGCCGCUGAUUUGUAAAAAGAUAGCACAUGAAAGACUGACCGUGUUAAUUUUUCUGGAAGACUGUAUAGUCACUGCUUGUCAGGAGGGAUUUAUUUGCACGUGGGGAAGGCCUGGUAAGGUGGGCUUAUUGUCGCCCCCCAGCCAGGCCAGCCCUCCAGGUGCAACGGUAGUGUAGCAGCCCGCUACUGUUCACACAGCCUCCCCGGACUCCACUCGAGAGUGAUGGCCAGGUGCCCAAGCUGCGCGAGCCACGCCAGGUGGAUCUUGGGCAGGCGACGUCGGUGAGGCCGUGUGGACACAUAAGGGCUGCGUGGACGCAGGACCAGCUCCCUUGGCAGCGCUGCGCUCCUGCUGCUCACCCAAAGUAGCUGUUUCCAUGUUUAAAUCCGUCUUUCGGGGCUAGUAAAAAAUAAGAAAUGGAGUUUUCUUUUUUUUACUCUAAACUUCAAUGUAAUUAAAUUCAAUGUAAAUAUAUAAUAUAUACAUAUAUACAUAGUGUAAAAAAAAAUGUUUCUUGGACAGGAAAUGCCCUUAACUUCAGCUGUUAUAAUAGCACCCCACUUGGCUUUGCACUGACUUUUUUUAUAUCUGAGGUGGUCAGGAGACAACCUGGAAUGCGCUCGAAAGUUGUAACCUUCUGACUUAAAUAUGUAACUCAGGAAGACGGAUGGAUGCUGCACUUAAGUUUAACGCGGACGGAGGAUUUCCUUGAAUGUGGGUAUAAUGGACUCGCGGCCCGUGAGGUGCUGCGUGAACACACCCUUUUCACCUGUCGGCACUGAUUUUAUUUAAUACUGUUGUUUCCAGUGCAAUCGGCUCUGUAUUAUAUGUAUAAAUAAUGUAAUUCUGCAACUGGGGGAAAUAGUUAUUCCACCAGUAAUUUUCAUCAUUUAAGAGUGAUAUUUCUAAUUCACAAAAAACAUUAAUAUUAAACUAUCUUGAACAUA